AUUAUUGAGAAGAUUAGCACUAAUGAAUUAUUGGAUUCUCUUAAGGCUAAAAAAAAUGAAAAAUUACAUUCAGCAGUUAGAGAUGCAACAAUUGUUUUAUUUUGUACUGAGAGAGGAUACUACAUUCACCAUGCAAAGCAAGCAUUGUGGAGUACUUUUAGUUUUUCUCAUCUCCCACCUUUUAAUAAUUACUGGAAAAAAGAUCUUAUUAAUCCACAUAAUUAUCAAUCAGACAUGUUGAAAAAAUAA